AUGCCCCUCCACUCCCACUCGGAGGCGGCCUCCACGCCGCCCAGCCGCGUCCUCUCCCCCGUUUCAAGCGACGGUCAUGGCGGCAGUCGCUCGCCCACAGCUUCCUUGCGUGCGCUGGAAUUGGAACAAGGACCAGCAUAUGCCGGCGGGCAUGGUCUACAGCGCACGAACACGUUACUGUCUAUGGGCGGGUUCGAGUUUGAACAGACGCUCUUGCCGCUGAGUCUGUCGACGGCGGAAGGAGAUAUGUCGGGCGAGCAGCAUGUGGAGCAUAAACACGUCGGGCUUCUUCAUGGUAUGGCUCUUGUCGUGGGCAUGCAGGUCGGCUCGGGCAUCUUCUCGUCUCCUGGUGUCGUCAUAGACUCGGUUGGGAGCGUUGGCGCAAGUCUGGUCGUUUGGAUCGUCAGUGGUCUCCUCGCCUGGACUGGUGCAAGCUCCUUUGCCGAACUGGGUUGUGCGAUCCCUCUCAGUGGUGGAGCGCAGGCAUACCUCGCCUACUCGGUGAGCCACAACAACAUUGCGAAGCUGAUGCUAGUUUGGACCCAUGGCCUCGUAUCUCUACACCUGGUCGGCCGUGUCGGCGCUCAAGCCAGGAAGCUCGGCUAUCAUCGCUCUCAUCUUUGGUACUUCAACCGCAUGGUCUACCACGCCGUGACGGGCGAUACCGAAGCCACCGUCCCAGACUGGACGUUCAAGGUGACCGCUGCCGUGGCGAUUAUCCUCGUUUCGCUGCUCAACGUCAUUUCCCCCACCGCAGGAACCCACUCUGCAGUGGUGCUCACGACCAUCAAGAUUGGAUCCCUUGUCUUCGUCGCUGUCCUGGGUCUCAUCUGGUUUAUCCGCCACGGCGCUGGUCCUGCCUUUAGUGGCAACAUCUUUGCGGGCUCGUCCACGGAACCGGGGAGUUAUGCCAUUGCCCUGUACUCUGGCCUCUGGGCAUUCGACGGCUGGGAUCAGUGCAGUUUUGUCGGCGGCGAGAUGAAGAAUCCCAACCGCGAUCUUCCCCGCGCCCUCCACUCGUCCAUGACAAUUGUGUUGGUGCUCUUCCUCGCGGCUAACAUCUCCUACUUCAUCGUCCUGGACCCUGCUACUGUAGCAUCAUCGAAUACCGUCGCCCUCGACUUUGGGGCCAUGACUAUUGGCCGCUUCGGCGCUGUUGUGUUCAGCACCCUGGUCGCCAUCUCGUGUUUUGGAGCGUUGAACGGCGGCUUUUACACCACUGGAAGACUCAUCUACGCUGCGUCGAGGGACCAUUUCCUUCCCAAGCUCUUUUCGCGCCUCAGUCCCAAACGUCGUACUCCGGACAAUGCCAUGGCCCUCAAUGCAGGCCUGACAAUCUUCUUUGUCGUGUUUGGUGGCGGCUUCCGAAAACUGCUCAACUUCUUUUCGGUGACCUCGUGGACACUCUACCUUGCCACGGUUGUGGGUCUGCUGUACCUCCGCGUCAAGGAGCCACACCUCGACAGGCCGUACCGCACGUGGCUCUCGACACCUAUUAUAUUUUGUCUUGUCGCCAUGUUCCUCCUUCUCAUGCCCAUCUUUGCGGCGCCAUGGGAGGCACUGGCGGCGUUCAUCUUCAUGGCCACCGGUGUGCCAAUGUACUAUCUGACUGCUCGAUCACGUGCGCGGUCGUCGGGCAAGGGUUAUGCUCGCCUUGAUAACGAGGACGACGGAGUCCGUGCAACUCUAGGAACGGCCUGGGACUCUUUCCUGGACGACGUGGCCUACCUCCUCCCUCGCAAAUGGGGCGACGCCCUGUUGAGGUCACGACAAGCAGCACCCGUACCCACACUCGACAACGCAGAAGAACGCCGAGGCAUGCUGUCCGACCGCAUAGAAAUGUCCGAGAUAUGA